GGACUCUUGCAUCCAAACUGGCUAAUUAGCAGAUGGGCGCAUGUUAGCAGUAUUCAUGUCAAUUGUCUAUUAUGCGCUGGAUUUCCCAACGGCCCUUUUCUCCUCUGUUCUCCCAAACCUGAACGGCUGAACACCUUUACAAGCUCCCCCGAAGCAAUUAAAUUCUGCCGGAGAUUCCUUUCCGGCCUUUUCCGAAGGUCAAGGAAUAUAAAAGUCCCCAUUUUCUCCAUUCGAAGCAAUCUCUGCUUCGUUGUUUAAAUAGAAAACCCUUCUUAAUUCCACCUUUUUCGAGACUGUUCCUGUCCAAGGUAAGGCUAGAUCUCAUCUGAUUCUUUAAUUUCUAAGGUUUUCUUAUCCUGGGAUCGUUAUAAACUGCUUACCGGGAGUGGGUUCAUCGUUAAUCUUGGCGGUACAUCAGGGGAGUUUCUUCAAUCUUUGAUAAGAAGGGGUUUCUUGUCCGGUGGGUUUUGUUAGAAAACCGGUAUAAUUUCAUUAGUUGGAUGCUGAGGAGAGUUGGUGGUGGAAUAUAGAGUUUGGAUUUGAUGGAUGUGGAUGGCUCUGGUGGAGAAGCUCAAUCUAUCACGGCUCUUUCCAGGCGACAGAAAGCAUUAUAUCAGUUUACCCAACAAAGUCUUCCAGCCUGUAAACCUGUAUUGACACCAUCAUGGGUAAUCACUACAUUUUUGCUAAUGGGUAUCAUUUUUAUCCCUGUUGGUUUCAUCGCCAUUCAUGCUUCACGGAGUGUUAUUGAAAUUGUGGAGCGAUAUGAUACUGAAUGUGUUCCAGAGGAAUUUAGAGACAAUAAGGUGGCAUAUAUCAAAGAUGAAUCAAUUUCCAAAAACUGUACUAGAUACUUCAGGCCUUUAAGGGCAUAUUCUAGAAGGAAAAGCCCAACCACUUUUGCUGAUUUGGCAGGAUGA